AUGGGGACAAAAGGUCCCAUCACACGAUCAAAAGGCGGUGUAUUACUCUAUGGACAUCUCAUUCUGCUGAAGGUCAUGAAGUCCUUGCAUCAGUGUAAGCAGAAGAGCGCCACUAUUCUAAACAUAUCACCCCUGCAAAUAGUCCCACAUCUGCUUAGCGGACUCAUGGUGCUCAAGACUCGUUAUCAAAAGAGGCUUCAUACUGGUAACAAUGGCACUCAUCACACGGCCACAUCAUUAGCCCAAGCUGUCACUGCAGCAGCACCAGAACCAUCCUUAGACUUAUCAGCUGGAGGAGCGUUUGUCAAGUGGGAUGCAAGACCAUGGCCCCUUAAUAUAGUUUUGACAGAAAAUGCCCACUCUUGA